AUGGAUCUGUUGGUUGAUGCAGGCUUGAUGAAGACUGUUAAGGACAUUGGACGAUGUUUUACUCAUCUGGUUAGGGAGUUCAUUGUGAACAUCCCUACUGAUUGUGAUGAUGAGAGCAGUUCUGAGUAUAGAAAGGUGUAUGUCAGAGGAAAAUGUGUAAAUUUCUCUCCUGAAGUUGUGAAUGAGUUUCUAGGAAGAAGUCCAGUGGCUGGAAAUGAUGAAGAACCUGAAUUGGAUAGGGUUGCUAAGACCCUGACUGGGAAGAUGGUCAUGAAGUGGCCAAAGAAAGGAUUAUUUCCCUCUGGAAAGUUAACUACCAAGUAUGCUGUUCUUUUCAAGAUUGGUUGUGCAAAUUGGAUGGCAACCAAUCAUCUAUCUGGUGUAGCUCCUCCCCUUGCAAGAAUGCUCUAUCUGAUUGGUACUGGUGGUGAGUUUGAUUUUGGCAAGCUAGUUUUUGAUCAGACUCUGAAGCAUGCAGGCUCUUAUGCUGUGAGACUGCCAAUCCUAUUUCCUUGCCUACUGUCUGAACUAAUUGUCAAACAACAUCCUCAUGUUGUAAGGGCUGAUGAACCACAAGGUAAGCGUCCUAUGCCUCUCAAGUUUGAAUAUCACUUGUUUGCUGGAACACAUGUUCCAUACAUUGUGCUUUCUGCAGCAAAAGGCUCUGCCAGUUCUAGUGGUACUCAGGCAGUUGGUGCAACCAAAGAUGAUAUUUUGGCUGAAUUAAGAGUUGUCUCCAAAUCCUUGGAUGCCACUAUUCAGGCUUUGCAAAAUUAG